AUGGCUCUGCAGGAUGUGUGCAAGUGGCAGUGCCCGGAUGCCCAGGAGCCAUCACCUCACCUGCCCCCGACUGGAGGCUGGGCCAUGCCCCGAGGCUGGGACCCGAAGACCUUCCUGCAGGUCCAUGGCCCCAGGCUGGCCCACGGCACCACCACCCUGGCCUUCCGCUUCCAGCACGGAGUCAUCGCCGCCGCGGACACACGAUCCUCCUGCGGCAGCUACGUGGCAUGUCCGGCCUCGCUGAAGGUGAUCCCCGUGCACCGGCACCUCCUGGGCACCACGUCGGGCACCUCGGCCGACUGUGCUACGUGGUACCGGGUGCUGCAGCGGGAACUGCGGCUGUAUGCGCUGCGCGAGGGGCAGCUGCCCAGCGUGGCGGGCGCCGCCAAGCUGCUGUCGUCUCUCAUGGCUCCUUACCGGGGGCUGGACCUGUGUGUGGCCACCGCCCUGUGCGGCUGGGACCGCUCGGGCCCCGCGCUCUUCUAUGUCUACAGCGACGGCACCCGCCUGCAGGGGAACAUCUUCUCGGUGGGCUCCGGCUCCCCCUACGCCUACGGCGUGCUCGACCGGGGCUACCGCUACGACAUGAGCACCCAGGAAGCCUACGCCCUGGCCCGCUGCGCCGUGGCCCACGCCACCCACCGCGAUGCCUACUCGGGGGGCUCCGUGGACCUCUUCCACGUGCGGGAGAGCGGGUGGGAGUACGUGUCCCGCUGCGACGCCUGGGGGCUGUACUCAGAGCUGCAGAAGCUCCGGGAACCCCACGAAGAGGAGGAAGAAGAGGAGGAGGCAGGCCAGGCCGGCUGGGGGCCCGCCACCCCCCUCGGAGCCGGGGACAGUGGGGACAUCUCCGGGGGCCCAGCACCUGCAGAGGUGCCCACAGAGGCGGAGGAAGCACAGUGA